AUGGGUGUUCCUUCAUUCUUUAGAUGGCUGUCAAGGAAGUAUCCUAAGAUUAUUUCGCCCGUUAUUGAAGACCCUGCUCAAGUUGUCGAUGGCGUCACAUUACCAUUAGAUUAUUCUGCACCAAACCCAAAUGGUGAACUAGACAACUUAUAUUUGGAUAUGAAUGGUAUUGUUCAUCCAUGUUCUCAUCCAGAGAAUAGACCACCGCCAGAGACCGAAGAUGAAAUGCUCUUAGCCGUUUUUGAAUAUACCAACAGAGUCUUAAAUAUGGCAAGACCUCGUAAAGUCUUAGUAAUGGCUGUAGAUGGUGUUGCUCCUCGUGCUAAGAUGAAUCAACAAAGAGCUCGUAGAUUUAGAAGUGCUAGAGAUGCAGAAAUUCAAAAUAUGGAACGUGAAAGAGAAAUAUUAGAAAGAGAAAGUUAUGGUGAAAUCAUUGAUGACUCUGUUAGAAAUAAAAAGACUUGGGAUUCUAAUGCGAUUACCCCAGGUACACCCUUCAUGGAUAAACUAGCUGCUGCAUUACGUUAUUGGACAGCUUUCAAACUAGCUACAGACCCAGGUUGGAAAGAUCUUCAAGUUGUGAUCAGUGAUGCUACUGUUCCAGGAGAAGGUGAACAUAAGAUUAUGAAUUUUAUCAGAUCACAACGUGCAGACCCAGAAUAUAACCCAAAUACAACACACUGUAUUUACGGUUUAGAUGCAGAUUUAAUUUUCUUAGGUCUUGCAACACAUGAACCUCAUUUUAAAAUUUUGAGAGAAGAUGUUUUCGCCCAGAGUACUAAACCUAGAUCCAGAAAUGGUGGUAAUAGUACAUUUGCACCACAAACAGCAGAAGAAAAGGAAUUGCUAUCUAUGGAAGAUUCUCAGAAACCAUUCUUAUGGUUACACGUUAGUGUCCUAAGAGAGUAUUUAGCUGCUGAAUUAUGGGUACCAAGGUUACCUUUUGUAUUCGAUCUUGAGAGAGCUAUUGAUGAUUGGGUUUUCAUGUGUUUUUUCUGUGGUAACGAUUUUUUACCACAUUUACCUAGUUUGGAUGUCAGAGAAAACAGUAUCGAUAUUUUGUUAGAUAUUUGGAAAGUCAUCCUACCUCAAUUAAAGACAUAUAUGACAUGUGAUGGUAACUUGAAUUUAGAAUCUGUUGAGAAAGUUUUAGCUCAACUAGGGGCUCGUGAACCUGAUAUCUUUAAAACUAGACAUAUUCAAGAAGUCAGAAAACAAGAAGCAAUGCAAAAAAGGAAACAAAACAGAAAUGGUAAUAUUUCUAAAGGUCAAGAUAGACAUCCAACAAAGUUUACAGAACAGUUACAACUUUACGAUACAUCAGGUAAUUUAGCAAAUGGUUCUUGGAACCUAACUACACAUGACAUGGUUAACCUAAAGAAAGAAUUGAUGCUUGCUAAUGAAGGUAACGCUGAGGCUAUUGCUAUCGUGAAGGCUCAAAGUGAUAAAAAUGAUCAAUUGAUGAAGAAUAUUACAGAAGAGGAAAUGAGCAAAGUUGUUUCUCAAGCAAAUGCUAGUAAUCACUCUACGGCCGAACUUCUAAGAAAGAGGUUAAUAGCCAAGAAACAUAGUCUUGAAGAAGAUGAAGAUGAGGAUGAGAAGAUCAAGGAUGAAGAAGAAGGCGUGCCAGCCAAAAAAUUAAAAACCGAGCAAGAAAAUUUAAACAAUGAAAUAAAAUCAGAGGUUGAGGCUGAAAUGAACGACGAAGAUGAUGACGACGAUGAAGAUGAAGACGAUGAAGAUGCUAGUACAGAUGAUAAAGACACAGCAACCGAGAUCAUCUCGAAUGGAAGCGUUAAAAGCGGUGUUAUCGAUACUGAUGAGACUGUAAAACUUUACGAACCAGGGUAUAUCGAAAGAUAUUACACCGAAAAAUUCCAUAUUGAUGCAAAGGAUAUUAAUACUGUAAGGAAAGGUUUAGUGAAAGCAUAUAUUGAAGGUGUGUCAUGGGUUCUUCGUUAUUAUUAUCAAGGGUGCGCUUCCUGGACAUGGUAUUACCCAUUCCAUUAUGCACCAUUUGGUUCAGAUUUCACAGACAUUGCAAACAUUGAUAUUCAGUUUGAAUUAGGUGAACCUUUCUUACCAUUCGAACAACUUAUGAGUGUGUUACCUGCUGCUUCAGGUCAUACAUUACCAGCCAUUUUCCGUCCAUUAAUGAACGAACCAGAAUCUCCAAUUAUUGAUUUUUAUCCAAAGGAAUUCCCAAUUGACAUGAAUGGUAAAAAGAUGUCAUGGCAAGGUAUUGCACUGCUACCUUUCAUUGAUGAAAAAAGAUUACUAGAAAAUGUCCGUGCGCAAUACCCUAAACUUACUGAUUAUGAAAGGUCUAGAAAUGUCAGAAAUGAGGACAUUCUACUUGUUAGUAAUAAAAAUGUCAAUUACGAUACAUUUGUAAAGAAGCUCUACAAUAGUGAACUAACAACUGUUGAAGCGUUCAACUUUGGUCACUUCAAGAGCGGAUUGAGUGGUAUUGUCUCAACGGAUAAAGAAGGGUUUAAAUUAAAUAGUAAACUAACAUGUCCUAUUUCGGAGGGAUCCUUCCCAGAACUUACAACGAACUUGUUUUUGAAAAUGUCCUUUGAGUUUAAUCCAUUGGUUGUUCCAAAUAAAUCAAUUAUUCUAAAUGGUUAUAUUCCACCAAUACAAGCUCUAGAUUCUUACGACUUAGAUUCCAUUAUGUACAAAUAUGGGAAUAAUAACUAUGGUCGUAAUAAUAGAUCCCGUUUCAAUGAUAAUAUGAAAGAAAACAUAAUCAAGACUGGACCAAGUGGAACUACACAGUACAAACCAAGAGCUGGUGGUUAUAGAGCAUUUUUCUAUUUUAGUCAACAACAGAACAAUCAAAAUUCGAACCAAUACCAAAACCAAAACCCAAAUGGAAAUUAUUAUAACCAGAAUCAAGGUAAUGGUAGAUAUAAUAAUGGAAAUAAUUACAAUAAUAACAAUAAUCGUAGUUAUAAUAAUGGUAACAAUUAUAGUAAUAAUAAUAAUAAUAAUAAUAAUAAUAAUUACAAUCGUAAUAAUGGUAACAACUAUAAUCGUGGCAAUGGUUAUAACAAUAACAAUAGAGGAGGCUACAAUAAUGGGAAUAAUUAUGAUCGUCAAAGAGGAAGAUACAACGGUGGUAACCAAAAUAGAUAUAACCAAAACGAUAGAAAUGGUGGUGGUCGUAGAUACUAA